CCUGUCCCGACUUCCGGGUCGCGGUGUUUGCAGGGAAUUGCUCCGCGUAGAGCGUCGUUUCCGUUGCCGGUGUUUGCAGCUUGGGGGAAACCGAGGCAGUGCCAGCUUCCCCCUAGUUCUUCCGCUCCUGUGAGGAAAACAUGUUUGUCUCUCUGUGGGAGUUUUUCUAUGGGCACUUUUUCCGAUUUUGGAUGAAAUGGGUCUUACGGCAGAUGACUGGAAAGUGUGAAUUGCAGCGGAUUUUUGACACCUAUGGAGGUGCACAGAGAACCUACCGGAUAGAAAAUUCCUUGACAUAUUCCAAGAAUAAGGUCCUACGGAAUGCAACACAGGCUGCCGAGAGCGAGCUGGACAGAUACGUAGUGGACAUAAUGAAGGAGAAGAACAUCUGCCCCGAGAAAGACACCAGUUUUCAAAUCUGCAUGAGGACAUGCUUACUGCAGAUAACUGGCUAUAAACAGCUCUACCAGGAUGUAGAAAAUGUGAGGAAAAAACCCUAUGAUUCUGCCAAUGCACAGCACGAGAAACUGCUUCUCAAGCUCUGGACUCUUCUGAUGCCCACGAAAAAGUUGAAGGCCCGCAUCUCCAAGCAGUGGGCAGACAUUGGUUUCCAAGGUGAUGAUCCCAAAACAGACUUCAGAGGCAUGGGCAUACUCGGAUUAAUCAAUCUUGUGUAUUUCAGUGAAAAUUACACCAACGAAGCGCAUCAGAUUCUUUCCCGUUCAAAUCACCCCAAAUUAGGGUAUUCUUACGCAAUAGUUGGGAUCAAUCUUACAGAGAUGGCUUACAGCCUACUGAAGAGCGAGGCUCUGAAGCUUCAUCUCUACAACUUUGUCCCUGGGAUGCCCACGAUGGAGCACUUCCACCAGUUUUACUGUUACCUCGUGUAUGAAUUUGACAAGUUUUGGCUUGAAGAAGAACCGGAAAGCAUUAUGUACUUCAACUUGUACAGAGAGAAGUUUCACGAGCGGAUUAAAGGGCUCUUAAUGGAUUACAAUGUGGUGCUCACUUUAAGAACAUGAACCGUCUACAGUAUCUCUUUCUACCACAUUUUGCACACACAGCAGAAUUUAUAUGUUAUUAUAGAAAUUAUCUGAUCAACUACACUCUUAUAUAUAAUUUCAUACAAAAAUUACUUCAGAAACUCUAUUUAAGAAAGCUAGCGGACAAUCAGUGUAUGUUUACAGUUGUUUGUACACUGUUCUCCAAAGGUCCCUGACCCUUCCAAAGAGCCCUCCCGGAGUCACAUGAGCUACAGUUUGGCACUUGGGACUUAGCCUGUUAGUGCAAAGUAUAAAUCAGGUAUAUUUACGUUUAGCCGCUGACUAAAAUGUACACGAGUCCAUUCUUACUGUUCUCAAGCUGGUGU